CUCUCUCUCUCUCUCUCUCUCAUGGUGUUUACAGCUUCGGAGAGCGUUGCAUAUCUGACAUUUCUCUCUCAAACUCCAACCAGCUCUGUUCUCAUCUGAAAGCAGCAGGGAGAAGACAGAAAAGAGAAGAGGUCGCUGUUUUUGUGUUGUGUAACCAGGACUGAUCCACUUCAGGACUGAGCUCAUCUCCAAUCUACCAGCAGCGGUUUGAUUCCCUGAUUUCGCCUCCUUAAACCAGCCGGGCCAGCCCAGUCCAGCUCCGCUCGGUCCCGCCUGAGCCAGCUCUCUCCUCUCUUCUGAUCCCAGCCAGGCCGCCGUCUCCAUGGAGCGCGUUCAGCACAUGACCAAGUCGGCCAUUCGCCGAGCGUCUCAGAUCGAGGUGAACCCGCAGACCAAGAGGAACCUGCAGGAGCUGUUCGUCAACUUCACCCUCAUCCUCAUCUGCCUGCUCCUCAUCUACAUCAUCGUGCUGCUGAGCAGCUGAGAGCGGCACAGCCACCCGCCGAGGGAGUUGGGCAUGGCGGUGCGGCUGGGGGCCAGGGGAUUGGCUGAGAUAUGGGCUUUCCAAAACAAUAUAAAACAAUAAUAUUCUGGCUGCACCAUAUAUUGCACUCACCGUAUUAACUGCCGCAAUACAACACAAUCAGUAGGAAACUGCACUUUAAAAAAAGGUUUCAUUUAAAGUCCAUUCAAUGUUCAAUUUGUUCAAUACACCAACGUCGGAAAUGAUUUCCUUUCAUUAUUUAAAAAAAAAUUCAACAAGGAAUUUGUUGUAUGUUAGCAGAAACACUGAAAGCAGCAGAACUGCAGAUCUGAGUCAGUUAGAUGUGUGCUGUAUGUAUUUAAGUAAUACUUUCAUUGCAAAAAUUGAACAACUUUAUUGCAUAUUUUCCUCAUAUCAUGCAGCCCUAAAUGAUAUCAGCCUAACCCUGUUUGACCACAUCUAUAAAGACGGAUCAUGGAGGUCAAAUUAAUCCAUGUGAAUACAAUAAUGGCCAUACCCUCUCGAGUUGUUUCCAUCAGAGCUGAUCAGGGAUCAGUUUGCCCGCCUCCCGCUCUGGAGGGAAUGAUCAACAGUUUCAACUACACUCAUAUACUGUGUGUGUGUG